AUGAUCGACGAGGCUCACGAGCGUUCUUGCAACACGGACAUCCUUCUGGGACUUUUGCGGAAGGUGAUGAGUGUCCGGAACGACCUCAGGAUAAUCGUCUCCUCGGCGACGCUCGACGCCGACCUCUUCAAGGAGUUCUUCGAGACAAACGACACGGAUAAUCCGGAAAAAGACACGGCGGCUAUCAUUUCCGUGGAAGGAAGGACGCAUCCCGUCGCUAUUUAUCACACUGUCACGUUCGUUUUCAAAGUUAUUUUUGUUAUCAGAGUUCAUUUAUUUUAUUAUUUAAAAGAGAAAAAAAGAGGCAUAACUGUUAGAAAAGUAGUAGUUGAAAUGAAAAAUUUUAAAAAAAUAAUCGAGCGUUCAACAAUUUAUCAAAGAGAAAACGGUUCUGAACCAUUUUUAUUACUGAAAGAAGUUUUUUAUUAGUUAACUCAUGCUCAAAAAUUCAGUUUGAUGAGCUUUUAUUAUUAACUUUCAAAUAAUGAGUACUUUUAAUCAUCUUUACGCUUUAAAAUCCACCUCCAACUAUGGACUUUUUCAAAAUGUACCACCUUCCCAAGUUCAUAUGGCAGUUAGGAAAAACCUUUUCAUAGGCAAAGUCGGAUAGGCUGAAAAAAGGCUUCAUAUAAAUGUUACUUUUAGGGUAAGAAUGGAUCUUUUUUUACUGCCUCUUUCGCCAUUUCAUCGACUUUUAUGUACCAUUUUCGCUGCCUCUCCCUUUUUCGGUCAUUUUUCGAGCCUUUAAAGUUCUGUAAAAAAUGAAAGACCCGAUAAAGAAACUAUUUUUGCUGCCUUUUUUGAACCUCUCCCUUUUAGCGGCCAUUAUCCACCAUUCCGACUUUGCCCGAGCUAUCGUUGUUUUUAAACUUCAUUUUUCCGUUUCACAUAUCCUUCGAAUUUCCUAAUGAUUCGCAUUUUAUCGUUACUGCAUGUUCAUUUUUUUUAUUUUGUAAAUUGAAAGAAUAUUGUUUUAGUUCACUUCCGAACUACGUCCAAUCAACAGCCGACACGAUUUUGGAAAUUCACAAACACGAGAUGACCGGCGAUAUUUUGGCCUUUCUAACUGGUCAGGAUGAGGUCGAGGAGGUGAAAUAGACCCCAAACUCCUGAAUUCCAUGAAGUUUGAGCUUGAAGGUCUGUGAGAAACUUCGAGACGCCGUGGCGAAUUUGAGAAAUGUCGACAAAAUGUGGAUCGUUCCCUGUUAUGGUGCUCUUCCAGCACGGGAACAGGUGAGAUUUGAGGAAACUGCAGAAAAAAUAAAAGUCAUUCAUUCCAGAUUUUUGAAAAUUCUAUAAAGGUUUUCAGAAGCGAUGUCAGAUUGUUAGGUUUCGAGAAAUAGAAAGUUGUGCUUUUUUGAAUUAAUUGACUUUUUCAGUUUGCAUUUUAAAUUUUUCAAUGAUCGUAUGCCCUUUUUCGAAAAAAUAAGUAUGGAUAGUUCAGUACGAAAAUUUUUUAAUUUCUUAUCUUUAAACUCUUCAAAUUUGAAAGAAGAUCCAAAUUUAAAAGCCUUCAAGGCGGAAAAGUGAAAAUUUAGUGAAUCAAUGCGCUCAAACAGCGAUUUUUUUCAAACUCGAGAAUUUUUGGUUUUUUUUUCUAUGAUAGCUCAAACGUCAAACUACCGUUUCAAGUCAUUUGUUUAUUUCUGAUUUUUCCGCGUUCCAAUAGUGGUUCCUCCUUUCUGUCCGUUCAAACUUCACUGUGGGGCUUUUAACUCGAUUUGGUUAAAUUCCACGUUUUAGAUGAAACCCUUCAAUUUUUAAUUUUUCAAUUUUUAAGUUGAUUUAAAUUCAGAUUAGAGCGUUCUUUAGAGUUUUUUUAAACCAAAUUUUCAUUUUAAUUUUCAUCAAACUUUUUUUUGCAAAAGUUCCUUUUUUUGGAAACGAUAAGAUCCAGGUAGAUUCAUUUGUUGCAAUAAAGUUUCAUUUUGUAGAUGAAAGCCUUCGAUUCAACUCCCCACGGGACAAGAAAAGUUGUGGUGGCCACAAAUAUUGCAGAAGCCUCAGUGACCAUUCCCGGCGUGGCUUAUGGUACUAAGAAUUUGAGAAAAUAGUUAAUUACCGUGGUUUUUAGUGGUAGAUUGCGGUUUUGUGAAAUUGAGGGCCGUGAACUCUAAAAACGGGAUCGAAUCUCUGAUGAGAGUUCCGAUUUCUCAGGCCUCGGCCGAACAGAGGGCCGGUCGUGCCGGUAGAAUUCGUCCUGGGAAGGCUUUUCGUCUUUAUUCCGGUGCGUUUUCAUUGGAAUUUUUGUUAUUGAAUAGUGUUUUGAAAAAUCUAGAGUUUAUUUUUUUGUUGGUUUUCAAAACAUUUUUUUGAAAAAGCCAUUUUUUUGAACUUUUUUUCUUUUUCCGAGAGCGCCAUGAAAACAAAUAGUUUUGCCUAUCAAAAUAUUGAUUAUUAUUAUUUUUUUGUGAAUGUUUCUUAUUUCAUUUUUCGAAGUUUCAUUCAAAAAAACACAGUUUUUUUCUGACAUUAGUCAGCCUUGAUUUCAGACCUUGACGUUGAAAGAAAUCGGAAUUAUAUUUAUAGAUAUCAAAGUUUUUAUGGAAAAAAAGUUUUUGCAAAUAUAUCCUGUAUUAGUUGUCCCAUGUGAAGUUGAGGACAUUUUUGUUUAAGUUUAAAAAUUUUUUUCUCUGAAGAUUUAUUGGUAUAUAGGAAUCAGAAGGGCUAUUAUUCACAUUUUUUUAGUUUUUUUAACCGUCCCUCAGAAAUCUUUUCGAGUUUUUUCUAUGAUUUAUAUUCAAAUAUUCGGAACGAAUCAUAUUUUCAGAAGAAGAAUGCAAAAAACUGUUGCCUGGAACGGUUCCCGAAAUCCAGAGAUGUCAUCUGGCGCCGGUCGUUUUGCAGUUGAAAGCUCUUGGAAUCCAGAACGUCCACAAGUUCCACUACUUAUCGGUUUUCCAUACUUAUUCAGUUUUCAAAACGAAUGAAAUUUCAGCCACCACCUUCUUGGGCAAUGAUCAAUGGGCUAGAACUACUUUAUGCAUUGGAAGCGGUUGAUGAGAAGUAAUUUUUAGAAAAAUGAACAGAUUAUUUGAAGAAAGGUGUUUUUCAGGUGUCUUUUAACGAAUCCACUAGGUACCCAAAUGGCCGAGUUUCCAUUGCCUCCCAUGCACAGCAAAUGUUUAUUGAAAUCUGGUGAGCUUCAAAGAAAAAAAUAUUAAUAAAAUGUAAUGAGAAUCAUAAAAUAAAGUUUCAAAAAAAUUUGUUUAAAAAUUUGGAAUUCUUCAUUUUUCUUUUUUUACAAUAAGUUGUCUUUUUUUGGAAAUCAAGGGAAUAUGUGCAAGAUGACAGGAAUAAUUGACAUUUUCCUUUUUUUUUGGAGCUUCGAAAUUAAUUUUACGUCUAAUAGACCAUAAAAAGGGUAUAGCCGAUUUAUCAUUAGCUUGUGACUCAAAGGGGCGUGGCCUGUCCGUGCUCUCCACCAACCAAGCACUAUCUACUCUUUUUUAUAGUCUCAGUAUUCUUUUUUUUGACGGCUCAAGCUAAAGCUAGCCGGGAAUCCUAUAUGAAAAACAUAGAACAGCUCAUUUUUUCUCCAAAAAUCUCUUGGAGAUCUUCAAAAAAUCCUAAAAAGGUUUAUAGUUUGAACAGCUUUUGCUCCGACUAUACCUUCAUGAUUAACGACUAUACCUUCAUGAAUAAAUCAGGCGAAUUCGAAUGCAGCGAGGAAAUGGUCACCAUCAUUUCAAUGAUGCAGAUCCAGGAUGUUUUCAUCACGCCUGUUCGAGGACGUCAUGAAGCGGUAUGCAUUAAAUUUUUCUGAAAUUUUCCUGUAUCUGCGUUAAAAAAAUCCAGAGUGUGUAAUUUAGGAAUUUUUGAUUUUUAGGACAUCAUCAAACGGAAGUUCUCGGUAGAAGAAGGCGACCACAUGACCAUGCUCAACGUCUACACCUUGUUCGUUGAGGUUCACAUUACUUUUUGCGUAUUGGAGGGAAUAAUUAUAGCCCAUUCCGCCUCAACUUGUCUCAUUUUUAUUCUGCAAAAAACACCGUUUUUGAUGGAAUUUCGCUUUUUUUUUUGCGGUGUUGGGAAGAAAAAGUACACAAAAGCCUUUACGAGUUUUUUUUUCUCUGAUUUUGAGAAGUGACCGUCUGGAAAUCUCAAAUUAUUGUUUUUGGAGCACAUUCUGAAGAGUUUUUAAUCAAUCUUGAAAAAAUUCUAGUUUUUUGAUGCCGUAUUGAAUUUUCCAAAACCAGUUCAUCAAGGAAAGAAUACAGAUAUAUUAAACCAAUUUUUUGCAGAAUGGGAAAAACAAAAAAUGGUGUAGCGAUCAUUUUGUCAAUUAUCGCGGCCUGAUGCGGGCGGAUAAUGUGAGAUCGCAGUUGAUUCGACUCCUGAAACGAUUUGGAAUCCCAAGAGUAUCCUGUCGAGGACUUAUCAGUACGUUUUCCUUUUGAAUUUUUUGUCUUUUUUCAUCUUUUAAGGUUAUUUUGAGCAUUUUAGAUUCGUCUGAGAACAUCCGACAAUGUCUAGUCACUGGAUUUUUCUCACAAGCUGCAAGGUAAAUCUUGAAUUUAUUGGUGUGAGGUUAGAAGAAGGAAAUUUUCGAAUAAGUCGGCGAUUCAAUGCAAUUUUGCCAAAUUCCAGUCAUUCUUUCAGAUUUUUUUUAUUGAGGGAUUUUUUUUAGAUUCGCUACUUCUCAUUGUUCAUUGCCUUUUUUUAGUUUCACUAAAUUUUUAUACUCUGUUCAAAAAUUUUGUUUUUUUCAAACAAGUAGAAUUCCUCAAUGACCGAAAAAAUCAUUGAAGAAGGUUCAUUGACGUUUGAAUUUUUCCCAAGUUACUUCAGGUUUCUUAAAUCACCAAAAAGUCUGGGAAAAUUUUGGACCACAAGCUCGAUUUCCAGCAAUCAAGCAUCAUUAGAAAAAAUUUUGAAAAAAAAAUGUCAUCUUCAAAAAUUGAAGAUUCCACCACACGGGCAAGUAUCUGACAGUGAAGGAAGACUUCCCGUUCAACGUCUACAAAGGGUCGACCAUCAUGUUCAAGAAGGACUACCCCCAAUGGUAUACAUUACUUUACUGUUCAAAAAGUUUAUAAAUACGGGAAAUUAAUUACUUUGUGUUAUUUGGGAUAACUGUGAGACAAAAUUCAGCUUUUUUGUUCCUAUUCCUUUCCUUUCAUUAUUUUUUUCUUUUAUCUCUUCGCUUUUUCAUUUUUUCCAAUGAAAGUGCAGUUGCUGGACUUUUUUCAAAAUAGCUUUUUGAGGGCACCUGGAAGCGUCGGCCGCUUUUUUUGAAAAAGGGAAAAAUCCAGAAAAAUCGCUAUUGAAAAACGGUUUUUUUGCGGAUUCCUCAUUGAGAACGAAAAUUUUAAUUCUAUAGUCAAAUAGGAAAUAUUUUAACCGCAAAGCGACCGCGACGCGUCUAGGCCUUCCGAUUGCGAUUUUUUUAAUCUCACUAGGGAAGUACUCGCAAUCGGGAACGGGUUUUGAGUUGAAACUUGAAAGGUUUAUAGACCCAAGUCAGAGAACUUAAAAACAAGAGAGAAUAUCUGCUAAACCCGUUAGAGAACUGAGAAAAAAUUAGAAGAAAAUGUGAAAAUUAGGCCUGAAGUUUUUCAGAAUACUGCUUUCUACCUUAUUUUUUAUAUUUUUAAUACAAUCGCCUUGUAUGAUCCGGCUAUGAUAAACUCUAAGAAACUUUUUCCAGCCAAAAAGAAGGAGGAAAGCAAAAAUUUGAUAAUUUUCAAGCAUAAACUGUUCAUUUUCAAAAAGCUUUUUCCCAGAAACCUGUAGGGUUUAGCAGAUAAUCUCUCUCGUUUUCAAGUACUCUUACCCGGAUCUAUAAGCCACCAAAGUUUCAACUCGAAACGGGUACCCGAGUCCGAGUAGUUCCCUAGUCAGUGAACUCCAUUCUGAUCUUUUACUGCUGGCCAGUGGAAAUUCGGUUAUUCGCUUUAUCACUAUGAAAAAAUGAAGUUUCAAGAGCUCAAGCAAUAAAAACCGCCCAUUCCAGGGUGAUCUUCACCGAAGUGAUGCAAGAUUCGAUCCGUGACGUCACCGUCAUCGAACCGGAAUGGCUUUAUGAGCUGGCACCACAUUAUUAUGAGUAUGGAACGGUAAUUCAGUUUAGUUUUCCAGAAAAUAAAUAACUUGGUAAUUUUCAGGAAGGCGAAUUAGCGAGAAAACGACAGAAAACAACCUAA